AUGAAUGAUAAUAACAAUAUCAAUGUUGAAUCUCGUUACAAUGAAAUCAAAAGACUUAUAUUAAAUGAUUAUAAAAAUGAUCCAACUAUAUUAAGUAUUGAUGGAUUACUCGAUGCAUUGCUUGUAAUUAAUAAUGAAUGUUCUAAUUCAACCUUGACAAGAGAAAAAACAGUCAAAGCAUAUCUCGAAAAUGUUAAAGCAUUUGUAUCACGUAUAAAACAAUGUCGAUUGAAUCGAAAUGAUUUCGAAAAAAUUAAAACUAUUGGACGAGGAGCAUUUGGUGAAGUUGUUGUCGUCAAAAUGAAAAAUACGGAGGAAAUAUUUGCCAUGAAAAUAAUGAAUAAAUCAGAAAUGUUGAAAAGAUCAGAUGCAGCUUGUUUUCGUGAAGAACGUGAUGUUCUCGUAUUUGGUGAUCCUCAAUGGAUAACAAAACUUUAUUAUGCAUUUCAUGAUAACGACAAUCUAUAUCUUCUAAUGGAAUAUUAUUAUGGUGGUGAUCUUUUAACUUUAUUAUCGAAAUGUGAUGAUGAAUUUUCUGAAGAUAUGACUCAAUUUUAUAUUGCUGAAAUAAUCUUAGCAAUUGAUUCUCUACAUAAACUUGGUUAUAUUCAUCGAGAUAUUAAACCUGACAAUAUAUUAAUCGAUAGUACAGGACAUAUUCGCUUAGCAGAUUUUGGUUCUUGUCUUCGGAUGAGAGCUGAUCGAACAGUACAGAGCAAUGUAUCUGUUGGUACACCUGAUUAUAUUUCACCCGAAGUAUUAUCUGCAGUGAAUGAUGGUCAAGAUCAUUACGGAUGUGUAUGUGAUUGGUGGAGUUUAGGAUGUGUUAUGUGGGAAAUGUUAUUUGGUUCAACUCCAUUCUAUGCUGAAACAUUAGUUGAUACUUAUGGACGAAUAAUAGCGCGUGGCGAAAAUAAAAUUUCACUUUCAUUUCCCGAUGAUAUCGAAGUAUCCAAUCAUGCGAAAGAUUUAUUAGAAAAACUUAUUUGUUCAGCGGAUAAUCGUCUUGGAAAAAAUGGACUUAAUGAUUUUAAAAAGCAUCCAUUUUUUGUUAAUAUUGAUUGGAAUAACAUAAGACAAAGUAAUAAAUCGUAA